AUGAAAUACAGUCAUUUAACUUAUGAACAAUGUGAAUAUUAUCGUCAAAGAAGUUUAUUUCAUCAUAGUUUGAAAUUACGUUUACAUUCUUGUCAAAUAAUUCUUCAUGAGUGUCAUAAAUCACUGCCGUUUCAAUUUCAAUGUUUUAAAUGGUCUGGCGAUUUAUUAAAUAUAUGGAAACAUGAUGGAAUAGUACUAGUUGAUUCAUUAGUAAUUACUAUGUAUCGGGUAUUUGACCAAAAUAUAAACUUUUGCCCGAUGCAUUGCCCAGAGAUUUUAUAUACUAUCGUUUGUUUGAUUCAAUCAAAAACUUUGCACAAAAAUGACCGAUUUAUUCUUAGGAAGAAACAGGACAACAAUUCAGAUAUUUAUAUUAUUAUUUGA